CCAAACUCUCACUUUGACAAGUUUCACUACUUCUAUCGAUCAAGUUGUUGAUUCAAGUUAAUCUUCCUCCAUUUACUGAACAAAUCUUCUGAGGAAGGCCAUGGGGUUGUCUGUAAGCGGAGCCAUAAAACUUUUCAAUGGAUACGAAGCUCGUGUGAUGAUUUUACUAAGCCUUUCUCUACAAAUCAUCCUCAUCAUAUUUGGUUCUCGACGAAAAUUUGCAAAAACUUAUUGGAUUAAUCUUCUUGUUUGGUUAACAUACUUGGCAGCAGAUUUGGUGGCAACAGCUGCCCUGGGCAUCCUUUCCCAUGGCGUUGGAUCUGAUAAUAAAUCCUCAAAGGAAAUCCAAGCAUUUUGGGCACCAUUUCUUCUCUUACAUCUUGGUGGCCCAGAUACUAUCACAGCUUACUCUUUGGAAGAUAAUGAGUUGUGGUUUAGACAUUUGCUUGGGCUUGUUUUCCAAGUUGGAGUGGCGUUUUACAUCUUUGUCCAAUACUGGACAAGCAAUGUGUUGACAUUUAUCGGGAUUUCAAUGUUUAUCACUGGAAUUAUCAAGUAUGGAGAGAGGACUUUGGUGCUGAGGUCUUCAAGUGCUGAACAACUUACAGAUCUAAAUUCAUCAGGGAUUGGUGAUUUACUAUGUGGAUUCCCAAAGAAAAACGAUCUUGAAAACGCUUAUUUUCUAUUCGAAAGAUUUAGGUAUCUUUUUGCAGGGUUUAUUCUUGACCGUGUUGAUGGAAUCAUAUCGUACCGCAUCUUUUAUGGAAAGUGCACACAACAAGCAUUCACAUUGUUAGAAAUUGAACUUGGAUUCAUGUUCGAUGUGCUCUACUCCAAAGCCUCCAUUCUUUAUACCAAAUUUGGUAUGGUUCUUCGUUGCAUCUGCCUCUUUUCCCAUAUUUCCAUAUUAGUUGUCUUCCAAACCAUGAUUCAUAAAUCUGUCUAUCCACCAAUCGACGUCUUUAUAACUUAUGCACUCAUCUUUGGGGCUAUAGCUCUAGAGGCGUAUGCAUUCAUCAUAAUUGUUUUUUCCGAUUGGACAAAACUUUGGAUGAUCAAUCACUGUCAUAUAUCUAAUGAUUCAUGUUUCAAUGGUUUACUUUGCCGCAAUCGUAAGAGAUGGUCAAGAUCCAUGCGUCAAUACAACCUAUUAAGUUCUUGCCUCAAAGACAUAUCAACCCCAUGUAUUGGCUUUCAGAAGUUUCAUUUCAUCAAAAAAGUGUUACAUAAAUACUGGUACUUGACGUGGGAAGAUAUAAAUGAUGAGUUGCAAAAUAUGAUCUUUGAGCAACUCCUCAAGAAGAGAAGUGAACUAGAAGCUGAGGGGUUUGAUGUCAAGCUUUGCAAAAAGAUUUUGGCUCGAAGAGGUGAUAAUUGUCUUGAAAAACUUCGUUGGAGCACAAUUGAUGUAGAUUUUGACCACAGCCUUCUUCUUUGGCACAUUGCUACUGAUAUUUGUUAUCAUGUUGAUUUAGAUCAUGAAGAGGCUAAUAAACUUCCUCAAGCACGUAAAAUUAGUAAAUAUUUGUCAGAUUAUAUGUUAUACCUUUUAGUUGUAUGUCCAGAUAUGUUGCCUAGAGGAAUUAGGGAUAUAAGCUAUAAAUUAAGGUAUAAAGAGACCUAUGCAACGACCAUGGAAUUUUUCGAAAAACAGGGGCUUGGUAAAUCCACUAGUAGAAGGUUUGCUCGCCAAAAAUUGUUUCUAAAAGGUAUUUACAAAGAUAAACCUCAGUCGAUGCUUUGUGAUGGAUGGAGGCUUGCCAAGCAACUGCAAUCACUAGAAACUACUGAUAAUAUGAGUAAGGAAAUAAAAUGGCAAAUGAUAAGGGAUGUUUGGAUGGAGAUAUUGUUAUAUGCUGCGAGUCGUUGUGGAUGGAAAGAACAUGGACAACGUCUUAUGGAAGGGGGAGAGUUUCUCACUCAUUUAAGCCUUCUGAUGGUUCAUCUUGGCUUAAGUGAACAAUAUACAUAA